AACCCUUCACGGCUUCACCAUGAACGGUCAUCAACCCAACCAAAGCACGCACCCCAGCUCCCUGACUUUCAUCGAACACUUGAUGAACAUGAACACAGAGCAUGCGCUCUAUAAAUACACACAUUCCAUAUCCUCAAAACAAUAAAACAAACCAUUUUUUUUCUCCAAUCAAUGGCUUCCACCACCACAACAGCAUCCCUCACUGUUCUCUUCAAUCUCCUCCUUUUGGGUUCUUCGAUUGCUGGAGAGCAUUUCGCUUGCGAUGAAACGACAAAGGGACUGCCGUUUUGUCAGAUGAAACUGCCUAUACAGGAGAGAGUGAAGGACCUUGUUGGGAGGUUCACAUUGCAAGAGAAGGUUAGGCUGCUAGUGAGUGGAGCAGCGGCGGUGCCACGGCUGGGGAUUAAAGGGUACGAGUGGUGGUCGGAGGCUCUUCAUGGCGUCUCCAACGUGGGCCCAGGGACUAAGUUCGGUGGGGACAUUCCUGGGGCCACUAGCUUCCCUCAAGUGAUCACAACCGCUGCUUCUUUCAAUGCUACUUUGUGGGAGGCCAUUGGACGGGUGGUGUCAGAUGAGGCAAGAGCAAUGUACAACGGUGGAAUGGCUGGGCUCACAUUUUGGAGCCCAAAUGUCAACAUCUUUAGGGACCCAAGGUGGGGCCGUGGACAGGAGACUCCCGGGGAAGAUCCAGUUCUAGCCGGUAAAUAUGCGGCGAGCUACGUCAGAGGUCUACAGGGAAAUGACGGUGACCGGUUGAAAGUGGCCGCUUGUUGUAAGCACUUCACGGCUUAUGAUCUCGAUAACUGGAACGGCGUGGAUCGCUUCCACUUCAAUGCAGAGGUAAGCAAGCAAGACAGGAAGGACACAUUUGAUGUACCCUUCAGGAUGUGUGUCAAGGAAGGGAAGGUUGCGAGUGUUAUGUGUUCUUAUAAUCAAGUCAACGGUGUCCCUACUUGCGCUGACUCUAAUCUCCUAAGGAAGACUAUACGUGGGGCAUGGCAGCUCAACGGGUAUAUAGUCUCGGAUUGUGAUUCAGUUGGGGUAUUCUAUGACACCCAACACUAUACUUCUACUCCUGAAGAAGCCGCGGCAGAUUCUAUUAAAGCAGGUUUGGAUUUGGACUGUGGGCCUUUCUUGGCACUACACACUGAAGAUGCAGUGAAAAGAGGCCUAUUGACGGAGAGUGAUAUUAAUGGGGCCUUAACUAGCACACUAGCAGUCCAAAUGAGAUUGGGCAUGUUUGAUGGCGAGCCAUCAGCCCAGCCAUAUGGACAUCUCGGCCCAAAAGACGUGUGCAGCCCAUCUCAUCAAGAUCUCGCACUCGAGGCAGCCAGACAAGGCAUUGUUCUACUCAAGAAUCAUGGCCCUUCAUUGCCCUUAUCCCAUCUCCGUCAUCGCAACAUUGCUGUAAUUGGGCCUAAUUCUAAUGCUACCGUCACUAUGAUAGGCAAUUAUGCUGGUAUUGCAUGUGGAUACACAUCCCCUCUUGAGGGGCUAGGAAGGUAUGGGAGCACAAUUCAUGAGAUGGGCUGUGUGGACGUACAUUGCAAUGAUGAGGAGCUAUUCAGUGGAGCAAUUGAUGCUGCAAGCCAAGCAGACGCAACGGUUCUUGUUAUGGGCCUGGACCAGUCCAUUGAAGCAGAAGCUAGAGAUAGAGCAGACCUGCUUCUCCCAGGUCGACAACAAGAACUUGUAUCGAAAGUAGCCAAGGCCUCUAGAGGCCCAACAGUAUUGGUCCUAAUGUCUGGUGGUCCUAUUGACGUCUCCUUCGCUAAAAAUGAUCCUCGCAUACCUGCCAUUAUAUGGGCCGGAUACCCUGGCCAAGCUGGAGGAUCCGCCAUUGCUGAUAUCUUAUUCGGAACCGCCAAUCCAGGAGGUAAGCUGCCUGUGACGUGGUAUCCACAGGACUAUCUUACAAAUCUUCCAAUGACAAGCAUGGCAAUGCGAUCCAGCCCAUCAAAAGGCUAUCCAGGAAGAACUUACAGGUUCUAUAAGGGUCCAACGGUGUACCCAUUUGGGCACGGUAUAAGUUACACCAAUUUUGUCCACACCAUUGCAAGUGCACCCACGAUAGUGGCUGUACCCCUGGACGGGCGCUAUAGACCAGCCUCAAACGUCACCGUUUCAGGCAAGGCAAUCAGGGUCACACAUGCUAAAUGCGCGAAACUAUCAAUCGGGCUUGAAUUGGACGUUAAGAACACAGGGUCCAGAGAUGGAACUCACACAUUGCUUGUGUUUUCAACACCACCAGCUGGUCACUGGGCCCCGCACAAACAGUUGGUGGGCUUUGAAAAAGUCCAUGUUUCGGCCCGGUCUGAGCAACGGGUUGGGAUCAAUAUACACGUAUGCAAGUACUUAAGUGUGGUGGAUCCAUCUGGGAUUCGAAGAAUUCCGAUGGGUAAACACAGUCUGCAUAUUGGUGAUCUUAAACAUUCUGUUUCACUCCAAGCUGCAACUCUAGGAGUCAUCAAGUCAUAAUUUUUUUUUCCUUCUUUUUUGAAGGAGAUUUAAGGGGAAAUUUGAAGAAAAGAAGAAGGAUCCAUUUGUUCAAUUCAAGUUGUAAUUCAUUAAAUUGGUCCAUUCAUAAGGACUCAUAGUUGAAUAUUGUUGUAUGAGUAUGAGUCAGCAAAAUCAAUUAAUUGCUAUUGAGGGAGGAUAUACUACCA